GGAAAUGGCGCUGGGUGUACGAAUUGCAGGCAGGCUGGUAUCGAUCCAGCUCUGUGCCAAUUCCACCGAGUGGGGUCUGAUAACGUGCACAAGGUAAUGGAUAAUUUUAAUAUGGCAAACAGCCUGACCAGCAUGGCAAACGCCAACGGAAUGAUGACACUCUACUCUGCAACCAACCCGUUGUAUUCUCGCAACAAUCAGUACCCUCAGAUCGAUACGAAGCCAAUUUACCCCUCGGUUUGGACGGGAUCCCACUCGGAGGAUACGUCGCCUGUCGACACGUAUACCCUGGAGCAACCGGCAACGUAUGUAUAUAGUCCGACAUCAACGAGCGAUACGGACAUCUAUACGCCCGCAUCCAGGUGGACGCACCCGAUUGCGAAGCCUCUGAACCAAGGGACAAACGCUUAUUUUGACCAAGGUGCUUCGUACCUGGAUGGCUUACCAUACGACCAACCAAGUCUUGGACCUACAACCACUGAGCUGCCCUCUCCACUUAAUAUGACUGCUCUGCAGUUGUCACUGCCAGAGAGGCCACGUGUACGACAGCUUCAGGCAUCAGACAGUACUGCCCCACAGAGGCAACUUCCUGUUCCACAGCCUAGCCCAGCUCAGGGUUCACGGAAUGUGGUGGACCAGCUCCAAGGCCAACGCCUACGCUCUACACAAACAUUCGGUGUGUCGGCUAUGAAUACCGGAGGCUCGUUCGCCAGGCCAUCAUUUUCUUGGGGCGCCGAUGGAGACGACCAGAUUAACGUAUCUGAAGCGACACCAUCAAAUAGCACCUUGACUGGCAAUACAGAGGAUGCGAUCAGCUACCUUCCAACAACAACAACAUCAAUCGCCAAUGACGUCUCGACAGCGAGGGCCGCACCGCAAGUUCAACUUAAUUUCACCAAUUCAACCCUCCUCGAAUCAAUGAACGCAUCAGCACCAGCGACAACAUAUUCACACUUCCGCGCAGGCCCACCUCGAAUGGCACGGCAGAGCUCACAGGCCAAUCUCUACAAUUACAGCUUCAAUCCUGAACGCGCUCCAAAGCGUAACUCGCUUAGCGGUGAUUCAUCGAGCGACUGUAAGUUAGUGAGUGGACAAACAUAUAUACCACUUGACGGAUCGCAACCGCAUAGUGCGACGUUCGCGGAUCGUAUGCUUCGAGGGUCGCUUAGGAAACGAGACGUACCGCUUCAUCGCGCUUCGACAUCAAAUAUUCGGAGCAGCUUCUAGGGGCUAUGUUCUCCAAAUCUGUGCUCUUCCCCUGGCAACUUCAAAAUCUACUCUCAUGGUCUCAGAGUUUGAUUAUAUGUUCGUUCCUGUACUGCUGGCGUUAUGGAUGGCAUUCUCAGAGACAUUUCUACCAUCAUAU